UACACACAUCAAGUGUUGGUGUUGGUGAUACAAUUGCUCGCGCUGCACCAUCACUGUAAUAUAUAUAUAUAUAUAUAUAUACACAUCAAGUGUUGGGGUUGGGGUUGGGGUUGGUGAUACAAUUGCUCGCGCUGCACGAUUAGAGAGACAAGAAAAAUGGAAGCUACUGCUACAGCAUUUCUUUCCUCUGCUCCUCGCUUGAUGGUCUCCACCACUUCAAUACCUCCACUUCUUUUCCCACAAAAUCUGAAUCACAGGAAUUUACUGUUACUACCAUCAUCAAAUUCUCAAAGUAGCAGCAUUUGUUUGAAUCGCAGGAGCUUAAUCUUUUGCUCAAGGGCUUCCUUAAGAGGGAAUUUGGAGGUCACCGGAGUUCCAACGUCAGUACCAGUUCGAGUGGCACACGAGCUUCUUCUUGCUGGACAUCAUUAUUUGGAUAUAAGGACUCCAGAAGAGUUCAGUGAAGAACAUGCAGAUGGAGCUAUUAACAUCCCUUACAUGUACAGAGUUGGAUCAGGGAUGACAAAGAACCUCAAAUUUGUGGAGGAAGUAUCAUCUCAUUUUAGAAAACAUGAUGAAAUCAUUGUUGGGGGCAAGAGUGGUAAGAGCUCCAUCAUCGCUGCAACUGAUCUUUUGGCUGUUGGAUUUACUGCCAUCACCGACAUUGCUGGGGGGUAUGAUGCUUGGACACACAAUGGACUUCCAACUGAAUGAGGACGAUGAUGAUUGCAUGUACAUGGAUUCUAUAUCUAAUAACUCAAUUAAGUAAAAAAUAAUUGACCCACACCCACCCACGUAGUACAAAAGAGAUCCUAGUGGGAAAGCAUAUUAUGGGCAUGGUUGAUUGAUGUUGUAUAAAGAAAAAAAGUCAUUGCAGAAUCUGUAUCGGAUAGCAAAUACAUUCUCGAUCGACUUUGUACAUACAUCCUCUUUGUAGAGCCACUUCCUGGUUCAAUAAAAAUUUCUAGAUGUUGUUUCUGA